AUGAGAACAGUGGGUCUUUUUUUCAAUGCGUGUUUUCUCUUGCAAGCAAUUCAAUUUGUAGCAGCUGAAAGGGUUACUGUUACAUUAACCACAGAAGAACUACAAGGUGACUCACAUACAAAAGAUGUGCAGAAUAAACCCCUUGUGGUUCACGUAGACCGAGAAUCACUAACUCCUGACAUGAUACAACAUCUUUCGCGUACUUCAAAUAUUAUUGUUCCAAACUUACUGGAUUUGCCAGAAUUUAUAAAUCCACUCGAGUUCCAUGCCUCAGAACCCAAUGGAAAUCUUGUAGAUCAAAUUGCAAGCGGAAAUAUUGUGAGUCCCGAGGCGGUAAAGAAUGAUCCAAGGUUUUUAGAACUAGUGAGCUUCCUUAGGGCCAAUGCGAAUAUAACUGCGCCUGAACGGGAGGAUACUUCCAAUUCAAAAGCUACACCUAGCAUAAGCUCAGGAGAUGUUCAUAGCUCCUUGAUUUCGCAAGAGAUUGACACAAGUUCUUCUACAAGAAACCGCUCUAACACGUCCACAAACGCGACCGCAUCCUAUGAUUCGUUUAAGCAGUAUAAUUCAUCCCCACGAAACAUUGUACCAUUUCUGACUUUACUCGGCACACUUAUUCCAUUCGCAUUCUGA